AUGUCGGCUCAGAACUCAGCUGGUAUCCAGACCCUCCUGGACGCAGAGAGGGAAGCUUCCAAGAUUGUCCAAAAAGCCCGCGAGUUCCGUACGAAGCGGGUGAAGGAAGCCCGAGACGAGGCCAAGAAGGAAAUCGAGGCGUACCGCAACUCUAAGGAGGACGAGUUCAAGAAGUUCGAAUCUGAGCACUCCCAAGGAAAUAAAGCAGCCGAGGAUGAGGCGAACAAGGAGGCAGAAGGAAAGAUCAAGGAGAUCCAGGGGGCCGGAAAGAAGAGCCAGGACAAGGUCGUAGCUGAUCUCCUGAAGGCCGUGUUCGAGGUGAAGCCUGUCGCGCCGACUGCCGCAUGA